AUGGCGGAAAGUGUAGCAAAAACGAUGAGGAAACAAAUAGAUUUGAAAUUCUUCAUCGAAGAAGUUAGAAAAUACAGAUGUCUGUACGACAAAAAAUAUAAAAGGAACCAAAAGAAAUUUUCAUGUAAACACUGUAAGAAGAACUUCACAACUAAACAAAACUUGCAAACCCAUGAAAGAAUACAUACAGGAGAAAAGCCUUACACUUGUGAAGAAUGUAAAAAGAAGUUUACACAAAGAGGAGGCUUAAUUAAACAUCUUCGCAUUCACACUAGAGAAAAACCUUACACUUGUGAAGAAUGUAAAAAGAAGUUUACACAAAGAGGAGACUUAAUUAAACAUCAUCGCAUUCACACUGGAGAAAAACCUUACACUUGUGAAGAAUGUAAAAAGAAGUUUACACAAAGAGGAGACUUAAUUAAACAUAUUCGCACCCACAAUGGAGAACAGCCUUAUAGUUGUGACGAGUGUAAACAGAAGUUUUCUCGAAAAGGAAACUUAAUUAUACAUCUUCGUACCCACACUGGAGAAAAGCCUUACACUUGUGACGAGUGUAAACUUCUGUUUACACAAAGAAUAGACUUAAUUAGACAUCUUCGCACCCACACCGGAGAAAAGCCUUACACUUGUGAAGAAUGUAAAAAGAAGUUUUCAGUAAAAGGAAACUUAAUUAGACACCUNGAAAUAGAAACAUCAUUACCUACACAAUCCCUGGCAUCGCAUCCCUCACGCCCACCCACUACAAAAUCCUCGACUCAUGCCAGACUCAAUACCUCAAACCCCCUACAACCAACAAUAUUGUUACCCUCCGAGCAGCCAAAAAGACCACGAUCGAACUACGCUUCCAAAAGAUCAUCAUUAACCAGUACAGCAAGUACAGUACCUAAAAAAAGCGAACGUCGACCGUCUCUUCCACGAGAUCCUUCACCUUAUCCAUCACCCAGACGGUGCUGCCUUGGUCAAGCUGCCGCUCAACCAUUUCACCCGCAACUGGAUCUCCCGCCACAACAUCAACAUCUCGCCCGACAACCUCCCCUCGGAUAA